UUACGGUCUCAACCCCACCCGGAAGUUGCGCCUGAAGUGAGAUAUUUUUGGCAUGUUGUCUCUUUCCUGCUGCAUUUCAUCUGUGAUUUACAGCCUGACUGAACGUGUGUGAUGUGGAUGGAUCGGAGCACAGAGCCGAAUCUAUGGACCGACACACAGAGUCUUCAGUACCCAGCGGAUUGUCGAUGAAGAGUGACUGGUCCAAAGAACGUCCUCCAAACUUGAGUCCUGAACUUGGAGCUUCAGCCUCAAAGAGGAGGAGGACUGAUGUCUGUGAGGAGCAGCAGCUGUCCUGCUGUGCUUUGUGUCGGGACGUCCUGAAGGAUCCAGUCUGGUGGAGCUGUGGACACCAGGUCUGCAGACAGUGCAGCAGCUCACACUGGGACCAGGGUUCUGCUUCAGGAGCCUCCUGCUGUCCUCAGUCUGCAGAAAGAUCCAGAAGCAGAGCUGCACACAGUGUGGGUCUGCAGCAGCUUCUAGAAGAACAUAAGAAGAGUGUGAGGAGGAGAUGUGAACGUGUGACUGAAGGAAGUGAUGAAGCAGGAGGAGGAAGCCUCCUCAACAGGAUCUACACUGAGCUCCACAUCACAGAGGGACUCAGUGAGGAGCUUCAGAGGGAACCUGAGCUGCAGCAGCUGGAGACAGCUUCCAGGAAGGAGAGCCUCCAUCACACUGCCAUCAGGGUUCAGGACAUCUUCAAAGCCUCGGCCCAGCAGCUCAGACACAUCCGAGUGGUUGUGACCAGCGGCGUGGCCGGCAGCGGAAAAACCUUCUCGGUGCACAAGUUCAGUCUGGACUGGGCCGAGGGCCUGGAGAACCAGGAUGUCAGUGUGCUGGUGGUGCUCUCCUUCAGGGAGCUGAACCUGCUGGGAGAGCGGCCGUACAGUCUCCUCUCGCUGCUGGCUGUUUUCCAUUCCACGCUCCAGAAGCUGACGGCAGAGGAGCUGGCUGUCUGCAAGCUGCUCUUCAUCUUUGACGGCCUGGAUGAAAGCAGACUUUCUCUGGACUUCAGCAGCAGCCGGCGGCUGCUUGACGUCUCCCAGCAGUCUUCAGUCAGCCUGCUGCUCACUAACCUCAUCCGGGGGGAUCUGCUGCCCUCGGCUCGGGUCUGGAUCACUUCCCGACCGGCGGCGGCCCAUCAGAUCCCUCCAACAUGUGUGGACAGACUGACAGAAGUGCGAGGCUUCACUGACGCCCAGAAGGAGGAGUACUUCAGGAGGAGGCUGAGUGAUGAGGAGCUGAGCAGCAGAAUCAUCUCCCACAUCCAGACCUCCAGGAGCCUCCACAUCAUGUGUGGAAUCCCAGUCUUCUGCUGGAUCACUGCUACAGUUCUGGAGCACAUGUUGAGCAGCGAGCAGAGAGGAGAGCUGCCCCAGACCCUGACUGACAUGUACUCCCACUUUGUGCUGGUUCAGACACACAGGAAGAAGCUCAAGUACCAUGAAGGACCUGAGACGGGUCCACAGGAGCUGACGGAGGCUGACAGGGAGCUUCUUCUGAAGCUGGGCAGGAUGGCCUUGGAACAUCUGGACAGAGGAAACAUCCUGUUCUACCAAGAAGACCUGGAGCAGUGUGGUCUGGAUGUGACUGAGGCCUCGCUGUUCUCUGGAAUCUGUACUCAGAUCUUCAAGAGAGAGUCUGUGAUCUUCCAGAAAGUCGUCUACAGCUUCAUCCAUCUGACUGUUCAGGAGUUUCUGGCUGCAGUCUUCAUGUUCCACUGUUUCACCAGCAGGAAGACAGACGUGCUGGAGAGCUUCAUCGGAGAGGAUCACCAUUUCACAUCUCUACAUGAUUUCCUGGAGAAAAUCCUGCUGAAAUCUCUCUCGAGUCAGAACGGCCACCUGGACCUGUUUGUCCGCUUCCUUCAUGGCCUCUCUCUGAACUCCAACCAGAGACUCUUAGAAGGUCUGCUGGGUCAGACUGAGAAGAAUCCAGAAAGCCUCCAGAGAGUCAUCGACCGACUGAAGGAGAUCAAAAGUGAGACCAUGCUUCCUGACAGAAGCAUCAACAUCUUCCACUGUCUGACGGAGAUGAAGGACCUCUCAGUCCAUCAGGACAUCCAAGAGUUCCUGAAGUCAGAGAACACGUCAAAGAAGGAACUCUCUGAGAUCCACUGCUCAGCUCUGGCCUACAUGCUGCAGAUGUCAGACCAGGUCCUGGAGGAGUUGGACCUGGACAGGUUCAACACAUCAGUGGAGGGACGACGGAGACUGAUCCCAGCUGUGAGGAACUGCAGGAGGUUUCGAUUCUCUUUCUGUGACCUGACUGACUCUCACUGGGAAGUGAUCUCCUCAGCGCUGAAGUCUGACCCCUCCCACCUGACCGAGCUGGUCCUGAGUAACGGUGACAUGAAGGAUGGAUCAGUGAAGUUCCUGUGUGCCGGACUGGAGAGUCCAAACUGUAAACUGGAGACUCUGAGGUUGUUCAACUGCAGGUUGUCAGAGAUCAGCUGUUCUUCUGUGGCCUCAGCUCUGAAGUCCAACCCCUCAGUCCUGGAACAUCUGGAACAUCUGGACCUGAGUAGAAACCAUGUGCAGGAUUCAGGAGUACAGCAGCUGUGUGGCUUCCUGGAGAGUCCACUCUGUGGUCUGCAGACUCUGAGGUUGUUUAGAUGCAAGUUGUCAGAGAUCAGCUGUUCCUCUGUGGCCUCGGCUCUGAAGUCCAACGCCUCAGUCCUGAAACAUCUGGAACAUCUGGACCUGAGUGAGAACCAGCUGCAGGAUUCAGGAGUUGAGCAGCUGUGUGGUUUCCUGGAGAGUCCACUCUGUGGUCUGCAGACUCUGAGGUUGUUUAGAUGCAAGUUGUCAGAGAUCAGCUGUUCUUCUGUGGCCUCGGCUCUGAAGUCCAACGCCUCAGUCCUGAAACAUCUGGAACAUCUGGACCUGAGUGAGAACCGGCUGCAGGAUUCAGGAGUUGAGCAGCUGUGUGGUUUCCUGGAGAGUCCACUCUGUGGUCUGCAGACUCUGAGGUUGAUUAAAUGCAGUUUGUCAAAGAUCAGCUGUUCUUCUCUGGUCUCCGCUGUGAAGUCCAACCCCUCCCACCUGAAGGAGCUCGACUUGCGUUUGAACAACCUGCAGGAUCCUGAUGUGCAGCAGCUGGUUGAUCUUCAGCAGAGUCCAGACUGCAGACUCUGAGGAGUCACACUGUGCUGAGGUUUAUUGGCGUAAACUCUUCAUCACAGCAGCAGUUGUCCUGAGCCUCAUUCUGCUUCUGUUCAUGGCUGCUGCUGGAUGUUUUCUGAAAAGAAUCAGGCGAGC